AUGGAAUCUGCCACCUCCAUUUUAUUUGAGAUUGGAAAGUAUACUGUGAAGCCGAUAAAACGUCAAGUUAGCUAUUUGUUUCAUCUCAACACUAUCUUCAAUGAUCUUAGGAAAGCAAAAGAAGAACUGGUAUCGAUACAAGCAAUAGUGCAAGAACGAGUUGAGAGGGCCAGAAUGAAUACUGAAGUUACAGAAAUAAUUGUACAAGAGUGGCUCACAAAUGUGAACCAAGUAGUGGCAGACGUGCAUACUUUAGAAAAUAAAAUAGAAGAAAACAAGAAAUCCAGAAAUUAUCGGUUUCCUAAAUGGAUUGGGCGAUACAAAUUAAGCAAGGAAGCCACCCAGAAGACAACGACUAUAAGAAAACUCCAUCUUGAGGGCAAUUUUACCCAGGUUGCCCACCGUGCUCCAACUCCUGGUAUAGAAAUCUUUAUGUCUAGUGAUUUUGAAAUGUUUGAAUCAAGAAAAAUGACUUUUCAACGAAUUAUGGAGGCAUUAUGUGACAAUAAUAGUUACAGUAUUGGAGUAUGUGGUAUGGGAGGGGUUGGGAAGACAACCUUGGUGAAGGAAGUACAUAAGAAAGCCAAAGAAUCAAAUCUUUUUAAUGAUAUUGUGAUGACUACUGUGUCCUUGACUCCAGACAUUAGAAGAAUUCAAGGGGAAAUUGCAGACCAAUUAAAUCUAAAACUUGAUGAGGAGAGCAGUUCAGCAAGAGCAAAUCGAAUAUGCUUAAGAAUAAAGAGUGUAGAAAAGAUUCUCAUAAUCUUGGAUGAUGUCUGGAAAGACGUUGAGUUGGAAGUUAUUGGAAUUCCAUUUCAUGAUGAUCACAAGGGUUGCAAGAUUCUUCUGACUACAAGGAAUGACCAUGUGUGCAAUUUAAUGGAUUGUGGAAGGAAGAUUCCCUUGAACUUCUUAUCAGAUAAAGAAUCAUUGGCUUUAAUAAAGAAAAUUGCAUGUAUAAUUGAUGACUAUCCUCCUUUGAAUGAUGUGGUGAUGAAAGUUGUUAAAGAGUGCAAAGGUUUGCCUAUUGCAAUUGUUACAGUGGGAAAGGCUCUAGCAAGAAAACCUCUCAAUGACUGGAAGGUAGCCCCAAGCAACUAG